GACUGUUCGCGCGUCCAAUCCGGAUUUGAGCGACUGAUCCUGUUUGUUGUUUGUCGUAACCAUUGCGCAACCGUUGCUUCAUAAUGCAGACCAAACACUUUUUCUCGGACCCGAACCACUUGGUUCUUACUGCAUUGCACUCCCUCACUCUGACGAACCCGUCUCUGGCUUUUGACCGCGAACACAAGAUCAUCUUCCGCCGCCCGGAUUCCCUCAAGAAAUCCAAGGUUGCCAUUGUUUCCGGUGGAGGUUCCGGCCAUGAACCCGCCUUUGCCGGCUACGUCGGUCAGGGCUUCCUAGAUGCCUCUGCUGCCGGCACCAUCUUCGCCUCUCCGUCCGCGGAGCAAAUCCGGAAGGCGGCGCUGGACUGCGUCGACAACGAGAAGGGCGUCCUGAUCAUCCCCAUGAACUACACCGGCGAUGUCUUGAACUUCGGUAUGGCCGCCGAGAAGGCCCGAGCUGCGGGCAUCAAGACCGAAUUCUUCGCCAUCAACGACGACGUCGGUGUCGGCAAGAAGAAGGGCGGAAAGGUCGGCCGACGUGGUAUCGGCGGUGGAAUUCUCAUUCUGAAGAUCGUCAGUGCUCUGGCUGAGGCUGGUGCUUCCCUGGAAGAGGUUUAUGCCACCGCUCAGCUGGCCAACGCUCAUCUUGCAUCCGUGGGCUCUUCGUUGGAGCAUGUCCACGUUCCGGGCAGAGGUGUCCCCGAGGAUUCGAUUCCCGAGGGUGAAAUCGAAGUCGGUAUGGGUAUUCACAAUGAGCCCGGAUCUCACCGCGUCAAGGCUACUCUUCCGGAGCUUGUGCAGACCAUGCUUUAUCAAAUCCUGGAUCACAAUGACCCCGACCGCGCUUACCUCACUCAUAAGCAGGGGGAUGAGUUCGUCCUGCUGAUCAACAACCUGGGCUCUGUCAGCACCCUGGAACUGGCCGGUAUUACCGAUGAGGUCUACCGCCAGCUCGAGCGAGACCACAGCAUCAAACCCGUCCGAGUCAUCCAGGGAACUUUCUUGACCAGCUUGAACGGGUUGGGCUUCAGCAUCUCUCUUCUGAAGCUGGCCGACACCGGACUCGGCGCUGGCAAGACGUUCCUGGAGCUCCUUGAUGCUCCUGCCGAGGCAGUUGGCUGGUCUGCCCCCAUUGCUUCGUCUACAUGGGCCGCUCACCAAAGUGAUGCUCCCGUGAAGGUCAGGCCGACGAAGCUUGCUGAGGAGAUCCCCAGCAACCUGAAGGUGGAUGUGGCCGUCCUCAAGAAGGUCUUGGGAUCCGGUCUCAAGCGUGUCAUUGAUGCCGAGCCCUUGGUCACUCGCUACGACACCAUCGUCGGAGACGGUGACUGCGGUGUCGGUCUCAAGCGUGGCGCACAGGCUAUCCAGGCCCUCCUUGACGACCCUUCAUCUAAGAUCACCGAUGAUGUGGUCAACGCCGUGAACCAGAUCGUCACCGUUGUUGAGAACACUAUGGACGGUACCUCGGGUGCCAUCUAUGCGAUCUUCCUGAACGCUCUUGCACACGGUCUUCGCGAGCAAGACCCCAGCUCGCCUAGUCCCGCCACCGCGGACGUCUGGUCCAAGGCCCUCAGUCACUCUCUCAAGGCCCUUUCAAAAUACACCCCCGCCCAGCCCGGCGACCGGACCCUGGUUGACGCUCUGGUCCCUUUCUGCAACACUCUCCUUGAGACCAAGGACGUUCGCGCCGCCGCCAAGGCCUCGCAAGAGGGCACCGAAUCCACGAAGAGCAUGAAGGCCAGCCUUGGUCGCUCCGUCUACGUGGGUGGCGAGGAAGAAUGGGUUGGCAAGGUCCCUGACCCUGGUGCCUACGGACUCAGCGAGUUCUUGUCCGGCAUUGCUGAUGCUGCCUAAAUUACCGGAGUCGCCUGGCUCAGACCUAUCUAUAUUCGGGACAUGCUUCAUUUCGAAGCCUUGCAGCAAAAUAAUAUAUUAUCAAGGGUUUUAUAAUUCUUUUCCGUCUUAUUUGGCUUGAGUUAUGCUUUAAAUUUCCUAUUCGUUUCCUAUUUUUUAAUUUGGGUGAAAGAUAAUAUUACAUUGAGUACAAUUUUCAUGCACUCG